ACUUAAUGCGAGAUUAAGCCGCAACCGCUUCAUAGCUAGUACCGUGCCGUUAACAGUUCAACGGGCUGUCCUUUUAAAAGAACACUAUGAAUCAAGAAAAACUUGCCAAACUUCAGGCACAAGUGCGGAUAGGUGGAAAGGGAACGGCCCGCAGGAAGAAAAAGGUUGUUCACAAAACGGCAACAGCUGACGACAAAAAACUCCAGGGCUCGCUGAAGAAACUGGCAGUGAACAACAUUGCAGGGAUAGAAGAGGUGAAUAUGAUUAAGGACGACGGGACGGUGAUCCACUUCAACAACCCCAAAGUGCAGGCGUCUCUGUCCGCCAACACCUUCGCCAUCACGGGCCACGCCGAGACCAAGCAGCUGACGGAGAUGCUGCCUGGCAUCCUGAGCCAGCUGGGAGCCGACAGCCUCAGCAGCCUGCGCAAGCUGGCCGAGCAGUUCCCCCGGCAAUCAAUGGACAUGAAAGCAGUAAAGGAGGAAAUUGCAGAAGAAGAGGAUGACGACGUACCAGAUCUUGUGGAGAACUUCGAUGAAGCCUCAAAGGAUGAAGCGAACUGAUGAAAGCUUUUUCUCAUCCAUCAACCGUUUUAUUUUUUACCUCUCAUGGACUCACAGAGGGCAUUUCCUCUUGUGGAGAAACGGUUGUUGAAGGUGCGAUGCAUCAUCUCCGGAGACGUGAACCACUGCGGUUUAGCCUGCCACAACAACAACAACAACAACAACAACAACAACAACAUGCAGAUACAGUAGGUUUUGAUUUCAGUAGGCUGUGAUAUUGUGGACGCGCUGAGAAACGAGGAUCCGCACGACUCUCGGCGCCCGAAUGACUCCAACUACUUUAGAAAUAGGAUUUCCACACGAUCCAACGUGGCUAGUAUUUAAGAGAUUGUUUAUUAAAUUACAGUUAAAGUGAUUCACUUUACAUUAUAGCGGUGAUUUAUGAAUUUAAUAAAAGUUUUUUGGGCUAUUGA